GAUCACACCUUCUUUCUUCUAUAUUGUCGGCGGUUUAUAUCAAUGUCGAUUAGGAAGGCGAUCGGGGUAGUUAAAGACCAAACCAGCAUAAGCAUAGCCAAAGUCGCAGGCAACGUAGCACCCGAUCUUGAGGUACUGAUCGUAAAGGCAACAAACCACGACAGCAGCGAGCCAGCCGAAGAGAAAUACAUACGCGAGAUUCUUCAUUUCAUAUCUCAAUCUAGAGGAUACGUAAGCGCAUGCGUUUACAACAUUUCCAAACGCUUGGGCAAAACGCACGAUUGGGUCGUUGCGUUAAAGGCGUUAAUGCUCGUUCACCGCUUGUUAGUUGACGGGAAUCCGGUAUUCGGUCAAGAGAUGAUGUUCGCAAGCCGAAAAGGGGCUAGGGUUUUGAACAUGUCGGAUUUUCGUGUUGAGGCUCUUUCGAGUUAUUGGGAUCAUUCGACGUUUGUGAAAAGUUACGCUCUGUAUCUUGAUCAGAAGCUUGAAUUCAUAGCGUUUGAACGGAAACUAAGCCCGACGGGAGUUAGAGACGGAAUUAGCCAUAAGUCGAAAUCUUACGGCGACUUAUACGAGUCGUCGGUACGUGGUGAGAAAAAAGAAACCAAAGUGGCAAUAACUCCAGUGCGGGAGAUGAAACCCGAUCGCGUGUUGGAAAGACUGAAUAAACUGCUUCGGCUUAUUGAUCGCGUGUUAUCGUGCAGACCAGCUGGAAGUGCGAAAAGUAGUAAACUGGUGCUUGCGGCUUUGUACCUCGUUUUAAACGAAAGCUUUUGGAUUUACGCGGAUAUAUGCGAGGCGUUAGGGGUGUUGCUCGAUAGGUUUCCCGAAAUGGAGUAUGGUGAUUGUGUAAAGACGUUCGAUCAAUAUGUUAAUGCGGCUAAAACGAUUGACGAGCUUGUUGACUUUUAUAGUUGGUCAAAGGAGUUAGGAGUCGCUCGAGCCGCAGAGUUCCCACAAGUGCGAAAGGUUACCGACAAGAUUUUGGGGACACUAGAGAGAUUUCUAAGGGAUAAGAAGGACAAAAUCAAGAAGAAUGAGGAAAACGGUUACAACGAAAAGGGACCGUCACCCCACGCCACGGUGGUAACAACCGAAAACUUGUUAGAUCUCGAAGAUGACAUAGUGCCGCCGACGCAGGCGGCUAACAGCAAUACGUUGGCGAUUUCUUUGUUUUCGGGACCUAAAACGAUUGAAGCCGACUGGGAGCUGGCGUUGGUGGAAUCGACUAGUAACCAGUCGAAACUGGCGUGUGGUGGUCUUGAUUCUGUGAUGCUAAAUGACAUGUAUGAUCAGGGACCCGUGACACAACGCGUUAGCUAUAAUGUUAGUGCACCGGCGGUGUUAGCAUUGCCUGCACCCAGUGAGAAAAUGCAGCCGGUGGUGGACCCACAAGACCCUUUUGCGGCGUCUCUUAUGGUCCCACCACCGCCAUACGUGCAGCUUGCUGACAUGGAAAAGAGAAAGGGGUUCCUUAUGCGGGGACCGCAACCGUAUGGAAGCAAUGUGGGCAUGAUGAAUGGUAUGGGAAAAGAAGCGGGUUAUAACUAUGCGCGUUAUUGAUCAAGUUUCUUCGUAUUGUUUGUUAAUGUUUUAUCCUACGGAGAAAUUCUAUAUAAAGAUACUGUCGACUCGUUUUACAUCUGAGUUGUGUAAAAAGAAUUUUGUUUCGUGAAAUAAAACCAUUUUGUCUGGUUUUUAAUAAAAGUAUACUUUUCUGUUCGCA